AUGACUACUGGAUACAAAGGUAUAAUGAAUUCUCAUGCAAAAGGCAAUGAGAAACCUCUUACCAAAGCGGUAAGAGGACAAGCUGGAUAUAGAUAUAUGACUUCUCAUGCAAAAGGCAGUGAGAAAAUUCUCAAGAAUAGGUUAAGAAGAAAGAUGGAUGGAGUAUGUGACAUUCCAGUGCAAAAGGCAAAGGGAACCUGCAAAAGGCAAGCAAAAGGAUUGACAACUUAUCAUGUAAAAGGCAGAGAAUACUUACAAAAGUUCAACCUCCUCCAAUUCGAUUUUUCGGUUCAAUCUCAUCUGCCUCGACAUCGUCUCAGCGAUCUUCCGUCUCGUCUCCGCCGUUCCUAUUCUAUACAUCGGCUUUCAACUCAUCCUUCAGAUUGCUUCGAUCUCCAUCUCACGCUCUCUGCUUGGUUUCCAAUAUUUCUCCGAUGCACCAACAACAUCUCAGCAGAGAACUUCGGUUGUUCUUCAAGCUUUGAUGAAAUUGAAGAGAAAACCGGAGAAAAACGAUUAGACGUGAAAAAUGAAGGUGAGAGGAGCAGAGAGAAGGUUGAAGAUUACAAAGAGAGUCUUGUGGUGAUUUUUUGUGAUUCUUCCCUGAAAGUGAAGAAUGAUGAAGAUGAAGAUGAGAGGAGAAGAGAGAUUUUGUUGAAGAUUGUGGUGAUUAUCCCAAGAGAAUGGAUAAUGUUAGAAGGUUGUGGACAGGUUUUGGGUUCUGUUAUAAAGAAUGGUAGAGCUUAG